UGGAGUUCUCCCGCUUUGGACUUUGGGGCGGCCAUGGCGGAGGAUUUCAGCCACAACCUGGAGAACAUUCUCCACAGGAUGAAAGUGGAGAUCUUGAAAGAACAUGAGCAUGAGGUGCAGAUAGCAAAGCUUCGAACCAAGGCUCUACUUGGCAAGAGCGGAGAUAUGACCUUUGGGGUGCCGGCCGCACAGCAAGCCCACCAGGCGCGCAAGAUGCUUCAGCGCAUGAGAACUGCGGACCUGGAGAGGAAACAAGUGGUCUUUGAUCGCCAAACCUCUGGCUCCAAAGACACCUCUUCCAAGGCAGACAUCAAAAUCGCCACUGCUGAUGAUUUUGACCUGGAAACCAUUUUUGCCUGCACUACAGAGUCCAGUGAUUGUCCUCCACCACCUCCAGCAGUGCCAGAAGAUAUUACUAUAAGCCCAAGGAGUCCCAAGAGGGCUUUCCACUCCCACGAUGAGAAUCAGUUGGACAUCAAGGACGGCAGCGGCCUUCCAGCAGAACGCACUGCGUCGCAUCGCAGUGCUGCUUCCCAUGGCGCGCCACAGUUGCCUGGGACGCUGGAGCAGACAGAGGAUGGAGAGAGGAACAGCAGGAACAGCAGGAACAGCCAAGGCAGCCGACGUCAGAGUGAGCAUAGCACUAUCAGUGUCAUGUCACUGCCAUCCUUCUUCAAGGAUCGUGAAGACCAUGGCACCAGCUCACGCUGGAGACACUUUUUGAAAGAUGCAGAAUCCAGCCGGGCGGCCAACUACUUCGCUUUCUGCUGGAACUUCUUCAUCUUGGGCACGGUCUUCUUUUCCCUUUCCCAGGCGUGGCAGGGCUUUCAGUGCUCUCAUGUAACAGCUGACACCACCUUGUCGCCAACGCUAGCCGCCAGCAGCUGGCACUCUGGCAUGGCGGGCGGGCUGGUGGAGGGCUCCUUCGAAAUCAUCUUCUUCGCUGAGUUUGUUUUUGGACUCCUCCUGGAACCCAUGAAGAUGGUUGCCUUGAAGGACCUGCAAAAUUUCAUUGAUAUUUGCGCUGUGCUGCCUUUGAUCCUGCGGAUAGAGAAUAGCUUUGAGUUCCCAACCUUAGAAGCGAAGCCCGUGAGCCACUAUAUCUUGGUGGGCGUGGUGCCCACUGUUCGCUUGCUGAAACUCAUCAGACGUUUUGGAAAGCUGAGUCUCGUCUCCCAUGCGCUGAGCACCACUGGUGAUGCCUUGAAACUACUACUGUUUCUUCUCUCAGUGAUUGUGCUGUGCUUCUCCACCAUGAUGUAUAUAGUCGAGCCAAAGGACAACAUCACUUCGCUGACAACAGCGAUCUACAUCUGCACCGUGACAGUGACCACGGUGGGGUAUGGCGACGUGACACCCAAAAGCAACGCUGGCAGGGCUUUGGCCGGAAUUCUGUGUUUUAUCAGUGUGCUCUUCAUGGCCAUGCCCAUCUCCCUCCUGGGAAAUGCCAUGACCCAUGCCUGGGCCGAUCGUAGUCGCAUCCUGCUGAUGACACGCACCCGGCAGCGGCUGAAGAACUAUGGCUACGAAGCGAGUGACAUGCCAUCGCUCUUCCGAAAGUUUGACAGCAACGGCAAUGGUGAACUGACCAUGGACGAAUUUUGUGACAUGAUCGGCAAGAUGAACGUAGGCAUCCGGCCCUCCGAAGCAGAAGAGCUGUUCGAGCUCUUUGAUACGGAUGCGAGUGGAGGAAUCGAUGACAAGGAGUUUAUGAAAGCCCUGUUCCCGGACGACUACCGGAGAAUUUACAUGCGAACCACCACCAACACCAUGUCAUUCCAAUAGUGGUCAAUAGCGCCUGCGCAGGUUCUCGACAUGGGACGUAUUGGUGGCAGAUCCAAGUUGCCAUCAAUCGUGAAUGCGAAUGGCUUGACUCCCAAAAAU